AAAAUAAAACAAGUAAAAGAAGCUGCCGUGGUUCCGUGAAUCCAGUCCGUACCGACGCUACCAAGAGGCAACACUCGAGUGGUGGCCACGUGUUUGGAGGAGAUGGACCGGGAUCAGAACCAGGACCAGGACCAGGAGAUGGACCGGGACCAGAUCCAGGACCAGGACCAGGACCGGGGUCUCAACCAUAACCAGGACCAGGAGUCCAGCAGGACCAAAGCGGACUCUUCCUCCGCUGGUCUGCAGAAACAUAAAGCCAAAGAGAGAACCACAAGUUACUGCUGUGAUAGGAGUGAUAAAGUCCUCACCACUUCACCAGGUCUGAAGGUCCGAAAGAGGAUUCAUACUGAAGAGAAGCUGUUCACCUGUGAUCAGUGUGGGAAAGCUUUUACCACAUCAAGUAAUCUAAAGAGUCAUCGGCGUAUCCACACUGGAGAAGAGCUGUACAAAUGUGAUCAGUGUGGGGCAGCUUUUACCCAACAAGGUAAUCUAAGGAGUCAUCAGCGUAUUCACACUGGGGAUAAACCUUACAGAUGUGAUCAGUGUGGGGCAGCUUUUACCCAACAAGGUAAUCUAAGGAGUCAUCAGCGUAUUCACACUGGAGAUAAGCCUUACAGAUGCGAUCAGUGUGAGGCAGCUUUUACCCUACAAGGUAGUCUAAGGAGUCAUCAGCGUAUUCACACUGGAGAGAAGCCUUACAGAUGUGAUCAGUGUGGGGCAGCUUUUACCCAACAAGUUAAUCUAAAGAGUCAUCAGCGUAUUCACACAGGGAAUAAACGUUACAGAUGUGAUCAGUGUGGGGCAGCUUUUACCCGACAAGAUGGUCUAAGGGGUCAUCAGCGUAUUCACACUGGAUUUAAGCCCUACAGAUGUGAUCAGUGUGAGGCAGCUUUUACCCUACAUGGUAGUCUAAGGAGUCAUCAGCGUAUUCACACUGGAGAGAAGCCUUACAUAUGUGAUCAAUGUGGGGCAGCUUUUACCAUGUCAUGUAAUCUAAAGCAUCAUCAGCGUAUUCACACUGGAGAGAAGCCUUACAGCUGUGAUCAGUGUGGGGCAGCUUUUACUGAACAAGGUAGUCUAAGGAAACAUCAGCGUAUUCACACUGGAGAGAAGCCUUACAUAUGUGAUCAAUGUGGGGCAGCUUUUACCAUGUCACGUAGUCUAAAGCGUCAUCAGUGCAACACUCGAGUGGUGGCCACGUGUUUGGAGGAGAUGGACCGGGGUCAGAACCAGAACCAGGACCAGGAGUCCAGCAGGACCAAAGCGGACUCUUCCUCUGCUGGUCUGCAGAUACAUAAAGCCAAAGAGAGAACCACAAGUUACUGCUGUGAUAGGAGUGAUAAAGUCCUCACCACUUCACCAGGUCUGAAGGUCCGAAAGAGGAUUCAUACUGAAGAGAAGCUGUACAGCUGUGAUCAGUGUGGGAAAGCUUUUACCAAAUCAAGUCUUUUAAAGCGUCAUCAGCGUAUCCACACUGGAGAAAAGCCGUACAAAUGUGAUCAGUGUGGUGUGGCUUUUACCCGAAUAGGUGAUCUAAGGAGUCAUCAGCGUAUUCACACUGGAGAGAAGCCUUACAGAUGUGAUCAAUGUGGGGCAGCUUUUACCAUGUCAUGUAAUCUAAAGCGUCAUCAGCGUAUCCACACUGGAGAAAAGCCGUACAAAUGUGAUCGGUGUGGGGCAGCUUUUACCCAACAAGGUGAUCUAAAGAUUCAUCAGCGUAUCCACACUGGAGAUAAACCUUACACAUGUGAUCAGUGUGGGGCAGCUUUUACCCAAAAAUAUAGUCUAAGGAGUCAUCAGCGUAUUCACACUGGAGAUAAGCCUUACAGAUGUGAUCAGUGUGGGGCGGCUUUUACCUUGUCAGGUAAUCUAAGGAGUCAUCAGCGUAUUCACACUGGAGAUAAGCCUUACAGAUGUGAUCAGUGUGGGGCAGCUUUUACCCGACAAGAUAUUCUAAGGAGUCAUCAGCGUAUUCACACUGGAGAUAAGCCUUACAGAUGUGAUCAGUGUGGGGCGGCUUUUACCCAACAAUGGGAUCUAAGGAGUCAUCAGCAUAUUCACACUGGGGAUAAGCCUUACAGAUGUAAUCAAUGUGGGGCAACUUUUACCCAACAAGGUAAUCUAAGGCGUCAUCAGCGUAUUCACACUGGAGAUAAACCUUACAGAUGUGAUCAGUGUGGGGCGGCUUUUAUCCAACAAGGUCACCUAAUGAGUCAUCAGCGUAUUCACACUGGGGAUAAGCCUUACAGUUGUGAUCAGUGUGGGGCAACUUUUACCAAACAAGGUUAUCUAAGGCGUCAUCAGCGUAUUCACACUGGAUAAAAAAUUGUCUGUGAUCAGUGUGGGGCAGCUCUUUUUUUUAUUUUUUUUAUUAUCCAUGAUUUUUUACCCAUUUUAUCACCCAGUGCUAAUACCUAAGUGACAGUCCUGGGCAUUGCUGCCCUCUGCCAACCCCAGGGAGGCCUAACUGAGCUCACGUCUCCUUCUUAUCCUGAGGAGCGUGGUGGCCGCUUCUUUUCACCAGACAGGGUGGGGCUUCUCUGGCCGGACGUAGCGCGUGGAAGGAUCACGUUAUUCCAGCCGGAUCCUCCCCACCCCAUCUGUUGCCCCGGUUGGCCAGAGGGGGCAUGUUUAGCCCAGGACUGUGUGCAUGUUUUUGUGAGGGUAGCUCACAUUAGCUACCCUGGGGAACACGGGUAGAACAUGGGGCAGCUUUUACUCGGAGAGGUCAAUUAAAGAAACACAUUUAGACAUGUUAUGUUGUUCUGAGAAAAAAAGAAAUUAGGAGUUUUGUUUUCAGUUUCAACUGAAAAAUGUGUUUAUCUUAAAUUUGACUUUUCACCAGUUUGUUUCAUUGUUCUGCGUCUAGAAAAUCAUUUAAAUAAAAAAGUUCUUUGUUUGCCUGCUGGAUUUCAGUUUCCUGCUCACUGCAAACUCACAACAAGGCAUCACUGUCAGAAUAUUAGAAAAGAGACACAGUAGUGCGUUUUUCAUGUGGUUUUUAUCACCAUCUGUACUAUUCAUGCUGGAUUUAAAUUACCUCUGGACCUGCACUAAUUCUAAAAUGACACCAUGACUUCUGUAUUUCGUUCAGCUGAUUCACACUAGAUAAGUGAAGUCUGUGUUGUACUGCCCUCAUUCUGUUGAACAAUUCCCUUUAUUUAACACUACAUUUCAAUAUGGAGUCAAAAGCAACUGAGUAGACACUUAAGUAUUAGAUUUCAGUGACUACCAUGUCACAUUCUGAAAAGGGACCAAAUUAAGAAAAAAGCAUUAUUGGCAUACAGUAUGUUUUAAGUUGCUAUGCUAACGGUAAACUUAAUGGUAAAUGUAAUCAGAGUUUCCGUUGAAGCUCUCUAUGUUCUUUGAGUUUGAAUAAAGAUUUAA